AUGGCACCCCGGAAAGCGGCCAGUCCGGCCAAACCGGCCAAACCACGUCGCGUUACGCGUGCCCGAGCGGCUGAUCCUGAGACCCCAGCGGCUGUUGAAGAACCUCCAAGACGUAAGGCGUCGGCAGCUGGGGGUAGACAGGUGACCGCGAGGACGAAGGCAAAUCAACUAACAGGCAAGGCUGCUUCGGCCGUGCCUGCAACAACCAGAACGAAGGCAAUUGAGGCCAAGUCUCGAGUCACGAAGACAGAGUCAAAACCAACGAGAACGACAAGAGCAGCGAGGUCCACUCCCCAAGUAACCAAUGUUACAGCAGCAUUGGAGUCCUUGGUGGGCGAGAAUGGAGAUGAUGAUGACAUUGCCGUCGCGGUGGCAAAACCGGCAACCAAGGUAUCCAGGACCACACGAACUACAUCCAGUGCACCGGUCAAGGGUGCCACAUCUACAUUGGCUGCAGCCCCAAGACGGCGGAUCAGAGUCACGCCGCUGGUUGAGGUGAAUACCGAAUCGGCUGCUCCCACGGAACCGGUAUUCAAACCUGAAAAGAAACCCUCGACUAGGGCGAAGAGGGAGAAGACGGCGACAUCGAAAUCUACUGCGACGCGAAGCAAAAGAGAUGCGGCGGCGGCCGAGUUGGAAGACAAAGCCGAAGAACGCGCAGCUAUGAAGACGACCGAGCCAGCACCGAAGCAGCUUGGUAGGGGACGGGGAAGAAAAGAGACGGCAGUCAAGGAAGAUGAGGCUGCUGUUGCUACCUCGACCGUGGGGGCAAAGACAAGAGGUAGACCCAGAAAGGAAACCUCGAGUGCAAACCCGCCACCAGAGACCAAGCCUGCCGUCCCAUCCGCCAGACAGACUCGAACCAGAGCAGGGUCGGCCAACUCUUCUGUCGCCGCCGAGCCAACUGUCCACCUAGUGGUUCCUGCGCGAAAGAAGGUGACGUUCCAAGAUCUUCCGUCUGAUGAAGACGAGAAGGAGAACAAUCAUCCUACACAACUCUCCAAGUCACGAACAGUCAGAAAAGCAGCACCCGCUGGAGCCGCGAAGAAGAGUGCCACGGCAGGUAAAGGCAUGCGGGCGAAGCCUAUUCGCAACCCUGCAGUCACUAAAUCGGCCAAAACCACUCGAGGCGCUUCCUCAAAGCCCUCCCUGCGGUCCAUCAGUGAGGCAGAACCGGAGGAGCCUGACAAGGUCCUACCGCGGAUUUUGACCCCGAAGAAAAUCACACAGGUUGCAAAAGCUCUCCCAGUGGACAGUGAGGACGACGAAGAGGACGAACUUGCCGGGGCAAAGACUCCUGUUCACAAUCUUAGCCUUUCCCCUAAGCGAGGCAUCAUUCCUUCUAUGCCUCAUUCCAACUCGCCCGUCAAGAAACUUGAUUUUGGCACUGUACUGAAUGCGACAUCCCCUGAAAAGUCCAAUACCUCCCAGGCGGCAGGAAUUCUGAGUCCCCCUCGGCGUAUGCCUACCUCGCCAACUAAGGAUUCGCUGAAGGAGUCUCCGCGACGAGCACCUGAGGGGAUCACGAUCUUCCGGACCCAAACUCAACCCACGAACAGUUCUGGGUCGGUGGCCUCGCUGCCUUCGAACCACCAAGCUCUCCUUCACCAAUCUCCCAAGCGAGGUCUGUCUGACAAGCUCAUAUUUCCUCCAUCUGCUGUCAAGUCACAGAAUUCACCUUUGAAGACUGCGUUGCUAUCUUCACCAGCUCGGCGUCUAUUCUCACCCUCGAAGCAGACUUCGCCGAAGAAGAAAUCUCCUAUGAAGGACAUGACACUCGGAUCUGAUGGACAAUCCAAGAGCCCUGGAGACGUCGACCUUGUAAUGUCAUCUCAUUUCAGAUCUUCGGUCUCUCCCCAGCGGCUGGCGAGAGUCUACAGAUUGAGCGACGAUGAACUGAGCCAGGAGCGUGCUGGGGAUGUUGACUUUGAUCAGUCAGUUCUCAAUGUUCGCAGUCCUUUGAAGGCGGACAUGAUAGCCAAGCACCUCCCCAUCGUACAUGGCCAUGACGAAGAAACCCAUGAUCAAGAACAGGAAGAGGACAGCUUUGCUCACACAUACGAGACUCCAGUUGCGGACGACUUGGGUCAUGGCAUAGAAGUUGGCCUUGACGACGACGAAACUAUGAUUGAUCCCACACUUAGUGAGGAGAGUGACAGUGAGCAAGACACCAUGGCCGCUCUUCAAGGAGUGCCGAGCCCAGCUGUUGCGCCCAAUUCUGGUGAAGAGGUAGAGGUUUCGAAUAUCGACCGGGCUGAGAGACCUCGGCUUUCGAACACGCUGUUCACCCGCAUCAGAGACAGUGGCAAUGAGUCCGAAGAUGAACUUGCCGCAGAUCAAACGCCGGACAACAAGCUCCUCAGGCCGAGCUUCCGACCCAGUCUGACUGGUGCGAAUAUCCGUUCUCGGCUGUCUGCUGGCAUUGUGCCUUCGAGUGCGACGAGAAAUCUCGGCUUUACUCCUCUCACGGCACAAAUGCGUGGAUGGCAGGCUGGCAGCCCGCCAAACCGAACUGCUUCGGAAGAUUCGAAGCCCACCUCGCAAGCUCUUUUCUCACCACUUGCUCGAAUGCAUGUCGAAGGCUCGGUUGAAGUCGUGAGACAUGCCACACCUGUUCGACAUGGGCAGAAGCGCAAGUCAUUGGCGAGCAGAUUGUCUUUUGUCCCUUCCGUGAUUGGAAGUCCUGUGGGACCGGAAUUCUUCGCCGAAAGUAUGGAGGCGAAGGACUUCGAAAACCAAGUGCCCAGUGAUGAUGUUGUCGGAGAACAUGAUGCGGAUCUCCACGAGCUGUUUCAGCAGGACCACUCAGCACCUCCAACUUCUCCCCACGCUGAGGAUCAUGAGGUCGAUCGGAGCGAAGAAGAGCAAGAGCCGGUUGAGCAAGAGCCUGGCGAACUGACCACUGAUCUGAUCAAUUUCACAAACGCUUCAGAUACUGCGAUGGUUGAUUUCAAGGCCCUGGCUGUCGAGGCUGAGCUUGCUGCUCACGGCGAGGCUAACGAGCAACCACGCCAGAAUGGAAUCGUAAACGGAGAAGCCGAGUCUGUGCCAGUGCUUGAGACCGUGGACGAAGAACAAUCGAUGCUAUCCACCUCUUCGGAAUGUUAUGGUGACGAGAAUAUGACGCCCAUCGAAGGCGCGGCUGGAAAGGUCAUUGUUGAGCACGAUGCAGAGGCAGAGGUCAAACAACCAGCCGCCGAGAUGGACGCUGUGUUUAUGGACGUUGUUGAACAGCCGGGUGACACUGUUGUUCCAACUACUGAAGCGGAUGCAUCUUCAUCAGCGAGGGGAGCCACCUUUGAGGAAAUGGAUUUCAAUGUGACGCCUGUUCGACCUGAUCCCAGCCUUCCACGAUACGUCCACACCGUAUCCAAAGUCCCACUCCGUCCUGAAGGUCUGAUACCAUCCGUGCUGUCACCGCUCAAGGCUCAGAGAAAGAGGCCAAGAUCACUAUCCUCGUCCAACUCGCUGUCAGCCAUCUCAUUUACCGGCAAGAGACGUAGUCUUGGAGCGCAGUCUGGCGAUGUCGCAUCCACACCUAGUCACCUCGGUACCCCCAGACCGAGUGCGGAGGUCGCCUCGUCGCCUCAGAGGAGAAUUCGCAGUGCGGCGCCGAGUCCAGCUCAUUCGCUUGCCAGCCACUUGUCUACACCCGGCCAGACGAGCUUUGCGAUUGACGACUUUGGAGAUAGUACGUUGGACGGAAUUGAGCUCCCUAGUGAUGAGCUGACCUCCGAUGAACUCGAGACAAGCUACGCUGCAGAACAAGAGGGAAGAGGGGCGCAAGACGACACCCUCAUAACGAUUGGAUCUGCCAUGUUCAAGACACCAACCGUGCCGUCACAGAGAUAUAGCCUUCCUCCAUCUUCUGUCCGGUCCAACCAGACUGGCACACCUCAUUACGCAAUGAGCACCAAAUCCAGCAACAGCCGCAGGAACUCGAUGACGAACCCCACGCCAUCGAGGAUGACUCCAUUGGCAGCCAACGGCCCUCCGACCAUUUCCAAAGCAAAGACACCGACCACAUUGCUCAAGAGCAAGAGCGCAGCAAAGACUCCCCAGGCAAAUCGGACACCUUUGAAACCGAUGGGCCAAGGGAUCCUGCACGGUGCCACAGUGCACUACGACAUCCACACUACCGAAGGGAUGGAUGCGUCGGGUGUCUUCGUUGAAUUGCUAACGGCUAUGGGUGCUCGCUGCGUCAAGGAGUGGAGAUGGAAUCCUAGAAGCCGGGUAGCGAAUGAAGGUGCAUCGGCAGAGACACCAAAUGUCGGGGUCGGGAUCACACAUGUUGUGUACAAAGAUGGAGGCAAGCGAACGUUGGAAAAGGUCCGUUCGGCCAAAGGCCAGGUUCUCUGCGUCGGCGUUGGCUGGGUUCUGGAUUGCUACCGCGAAGGCAGAUGGCUUGAUGAAUCAGCCUACACGGUUGACUCGAGCAUCUUGCCUCGUGGAGGUUCGAGGAGGCGCAAAUCCAUGGAACCGAGAAUGCUGGUCAACGAGAAUGGAUUGCUUUCGGCCACCAAAGAGAACCGACGAUUCACGUGGGCCGACCAUGGGGGCUUGACGGAUGCAAUGAAGUUGGAUCUGAUCAAUACGCCUGUGCGAGGCAUGGAGGAGCAAGAGCCGGCCCAGAGCGAGUGUGAAGAAGUCGAUGACAGCCAAGUUGAAGUCGACGUCGAAGACAAAGAGGAUACCGAGACCACCUUUAAUUCCACGUUUGACUACGAUUCCCCCACAGCGGCAACAGUGGGUGAAGGUGGUGAGACUGCGAAUGUCGGUCUCCUCGUGUCAGCCGUCCAUGAAGGACCGGAAGAGGAUUCAACUAUGAUCAGCAAGACACCCCGAUCUUUGGGAUUCUCCAAGAAUAGGCGCAUGUCUACUUCGACUCCCCAGUCGACCUCGUUGACUGUGGAUUACGAUCCGCGUACGGCAGCUACACCGUUGACUCCGUACCUUUUGGCCAAGGGCAAGGGCAAGGAAGCGGUUCAGAUGAGCGCGCCGCCGAAACAGGUCAACAAGGGGAUUUUUGAUCACGACGGCGAUGGUGACGAUGACGAUGAAGAUGGUGCCGGGAGCGGGAGGGGGAGAAAGUUCCAGGUCAAGAUGAGCAAGAAGAACAGCAACAAGGGGCCGGCGGUGAAUGGCAGACGGAAGACUCUGGGGGCGAAUUUGAAUCUGGGAUUGGGAUCGAGGUUCAAGCCAGUGGUGGGGAGUCCAUUGAGGAAGGAGUGA